AUGCCCCGGAUGACCGACUCGCAGGCCGGGCCGGGCGGCCCCUCUUCGCUCAAGUUUGCCGCUCUAUCGGUGCAGAGCUUCCACCUCGAUAGCCCGCCCUUCACUGGUGCGGCGGUCGGUGGCGCUGGCCCUCUCGAUGAAGCCGGCCAGCGACUCUCCAGCCACGACUCGGAUCCGUCUUCGCACGCGUCGGAAGCGUCCGGCUCAUCGCAUCAUGCUCCCGGCAGCCCGCAGCGCACCACCCGACAGUCACGCACCGCUGGCGGCAGCAGUCCGCUAUCCAAAGCCGCUUCCAUCUCAUCCGCCGACGACCAGGACCCCUACACACGCUCGCAUUCGCAAUCUCGCGUCUCGCCGCCCUCUCCGCAGUCGCACGAUCCUAGCGUCAAGACACCGACGGCUGAAAGGCAGUCGCUGCUGAGCGGCAUGACUUCCUCCUCCACCACCUCUGAUGAUGCCAAUGGUGCCAGCUCAAGACACAACCAAUCGGACGGCCGCACUCACACGAGCUCGCAGUACGAUCGAGAUGUACCGCAGUGGGAUCUGGACGAAAAGCUCUCAUCUCGCGAGGCGAGCUCGGCCAGUUUAGCAACCCUCUCGCCCAGCAAGCCUGUCCUCGGCCUCACCUCCACCGCCACUUCCGAGGCGGCUAAACGACCCAGCCCACACGGUUGGGAAGCCUCCGGUGAGGCGAACCACCGCGAUGCUCAUUCGAGCCGCGGCCCAUCGGCCUGGGCACAGCGUACCAACAGCAGUCAUUCCAGCCAGAGCCGAAGCUCGCCGGUGCCUCCAUCCGCCGAAGAUCGUCCGGCCUAUUCGCAGUUCUCAGAGGAUCUCGAUGCGCAGGAGGAUGCAGGUUCCUCCGCCGCCGAACGCGAUGACGAGGUGGACGGCGUCGAGGGUCUCAGCCCAGACAUCCGUCUCCGAGACGGCCGCGUACCCCAGCAGGGUCAGACCAAGGAGGACUACACCUUCCCGCGCCACCGCCUGCCCACCAAGAUGCGCGACGAGUCCAAGACGCCGCUCGUGAUCGUAGCUUGCGGCAGCUUCUCUCCGCCCACCUACUUGCAUCUGCGUAUCUUCGAGAUGGCCAAGGACCAGAUCAUCGAGUCGGGCAAGUACGAGCUGCUCGCCGGCUACUACUCGCCCGUAUCCGACUACUACAAGAAGGAGGGCCUGGCAAAGGCAACGCACCGUGUGCGCAUGUGCGAGCUCGCCGUUGAAAAGACAUCCACCUGGCUCAUGGUCGAUGCGUGGGAGUCGCUCCAAGACGAGUAUCAGCGUACAGCUGUCGUCCUGGACCACUUCCACGAAGAGAUCAACGGACCGACGGAUGGCGGCGUCAUCCUCAGCGACGGCAGCCGAAAGAACGUCAAGAUCAUGCUGCUUGCCGGCGGCGACCUCAUCCAGAGCAUGGGCGAGCCAGGCGUCUGGGCGACCGCCGAUCUUCACCACAUCCUGGGCCAGUACGGCUGUUUGAUCGUAGAGCGAACGGGUGCAGACGUGUGGUCGUUCCUCCUCUCGCACGACCUUCUCUGGAAGUACCGCCGAAAUCUCAAGAUCGUCAAGCAGACCAUCUACAACGACAUCUCCUCGUCCAAGGUGCGCCUGUUUGUCCGUCGAGGUCAGUCCAUCAAGUAUCUCCUCCCGAACAGCGUCAUCCAGUACAUCGAAAAAGAAGGCCUUUACCGCCUGCCACCAGACGAGGACCUCAAGGCCGAGCCCGAACACCCAAAUUGGUGA